UCUUUUUCCGCCGUCUGCCUGUGGCGCUGCCUGGGCUAGUACUGGGCUUGCGUCGGCGUCGCGGCCUGCCAAGGGAUUCUGGGUAACGGCCCCCGCCGGCUGGGGCGGCUGGCACCGCGCAGUAGGUUCCACUAACGCUAAGUCGGUCGGCAGUAGAGGUUGUGGGGCUGUGGGCAGCAGGACAUGGAGCAGCCGUGGCCGCCGCCAGGACCUUGGAGCCUCCCUCGGGCAGGAGGUGAGGCUGAGGAAGAGAGUGACUUGGAUGUGUCCCCUGGUUCUCCCCGCUGCCUGCAGCUGCCCGGCGGCGGCUCCCAGAUGUAUAGCCAUGGAAUUGAAAUGGCUUGCCAGAAGCAGAAAGAGUUUGUGAAGAGUUCUGUGGCUUGCAAAUGGAAUCUCGCUGAAGCUCAGCAGAAACUUGGUAGCUUAGCACUGCAUAACUCUGAGUCCUUGGAUCAGGAACAUGCCAAAGCACAAACAGCAGUAUCAGAACUGCGGCAACGGGAAGAAGAAUGGCGGCAGAAAGAAGAGGCUCUAGUACAAAGAGAGAGAAUGUGUCUCUGGAACAUGGAUGCCAUUAGCAAGGAUGUUUUUAAUAAGAGUUUUAUUAAUCAAGAUAAAAGAAAAGAAACAGAAGAUGAAGAUAAAUCAAAAUCAUUUAUGCAGAAAUAUGAGCAAAAAAUCAGACAUUUUGGUAUGUUAAGUCGAUGGGAUGAUAGUCAGAGAUUUUUGUCUGACAAUCCAUACCUUGUAUGUGAAGAAACUGCUAAGUAUCUUAUUUUAUGGUGUUUUCAUCUAGAAGCAGAACAGAAAGGGGCUCUAAUGGAACAAAUAGCACAUCAAGCUGUUGUAAUGCAGUUUAUUAUGGAAAUGGCCAAAAACUGUAAUGUGGAUCCAAGAGGAUGUUUUCGUUUAUUUUUCCAGAAAGCCAAAGCAGAGGAAGAAGGUUAUUUUGAAGCUUUCAAAAAUGAACUUGAAGCGUUCAAGUCAAGAGUCAGACUUUAUUCUCAGUCACCAAGUUUUCAACCUGUUACAGUUCAGAAUCAUGUUCCCCAUUCUGGUGUUGGAUCUAUAGGUUUAUUAGAAUCCUUACCACAGAAUCCAGAUUAUCUUCAGUAUUCUAUCAAUACAGCUCCCUGCAGUUUAAACUCAGUGGUACAUAAGGAAGAUGAUGAACCCAAAAUGAUGGACACUGUAUAAUUUAGUUAAGACUGCUGAAGCCAAGUGAUAUUUUGUUACAAGAAAGGAAGAACUUGGCUAUUUUCUUGACACUUUUAUGGGUGCUGCACUUUAUUUUUGUUCGGUUUUUGAUGGGAGGGGAAAAAAAGAGUACUGAAAGGUUUUGUAAAAAUUUUUUUUUAUGUGCUGCUAGGGUUUUUUUGCUUUGUUCUUUUCUGAAGAGAGGAAUGGUACUGUAUGUUGCAGGAAGUCAAACUGGACUUUUUUGGGGGGGGGUUGGCUACUAAAUUUGCCUUUAAUCUUAGUAUUCUCAAUUUUGGAAUCAAAGUAUGAAAAUCUGCACAAAUGCAAUGUUUACAAGAACUGGUUGAUUCUAGGAGGCAUAUGCUACAGUCUCUUUUUAUAUGGAUAUGUACAUGUCCUACUCUACAAAAAAAUGAUUAAAGAUAAAAAUGUACUUGUAUCCUGCUAAUUUAGCUGUCAAAUCUGCUAUUUCAUCAUAUUAAAAGCAAUAAAUCAGUAGCUGAUAAUCUACUUUUCUAAAUAAGCUGGGUGGUACAAAUUAAAACAAAGUCUUUCCCCUUAAAAUAAUAUUACAUUUGUUUUUUCGGCACCAUCAGUUAAAUCUUUGACUGAAAUAUUAAUCUUAUAUAGAUAUUAAAUUUACCCCCAAGUAUUCUCAGAACUGAUUCCUUAGAAGUUGAUUUUACACUGUUGACAUUUUAAUAUUAGGGAUGUAUAAUGAUAUAAAAAGUGAUAAAGCUAAUACAGAUUUUUUUUUUCAAUAAGAUCACCUUCAAGCUCACUCUUAAUUUCUUUACUUGACAUAGUAUGGGAUCUCUCAGGGAGCAAGUUUUAAAAGAAUACUAAUGGCCUUUAAGAACAAAUAGGAAAAAUAAUCUGAUUUUUUAAAUUAUAGGUAUUGUUUGUUUCACUCUGAUAUGGCCCAAGGACUUUUUUUUAAAAGGCAAGAGAAAUCUUUUAGAGCUAACUGUUUAUUUCUAAGAAUUUGGUGGUCCUUAUUGGUAAUGAUGGCUUUUACUACAUUUGUCAUUCCUCUCUUUAGCUUAGUUACCAUAGAAUGCUUCUGAGCUUUACUACUCCUAUAUAAUUCACUUUAAAUAUGCCAGGAUAUUUGAUGAUUCAUUUUAUUUGGAAUGAGAUGGCAAUGCUAAUUAUACUGUCCUUAUUACUUGAGGAUUAACCUUCUGACUUAAAGGAAAACGAGCUUUGAUUUGUACUGGAUGUGGUCUUUGGCUCGGUCCCAUUGAGGCUAGUAGCAAACAUUUAGAAGAUGACUAAAUGGGAUUUGGAAUAUAUGUCUCAAUUUGAGAAACCAAAUAAUGCUAAGGGACCCAUGUGGUCACACCUGUGACCUUGGCUUCACUUGCACCUUGUUUUAACUAACUGAGGUGAUAGGCACUUAGUACCUAUAGAAAUGGACUGGAAUUCUGAAUCAUACAUAUGUAACAUCACAAUCUUCCUGGUUUUCAGAAUAAAACUCUUUUUGUGCUUUUGAUAUAAAUAUAUACAAUAUAAUAAAAUGUUUGACUAAUUUA